AUGGCCAUCCGCGUGCGAAAUGCGGUUGUCGCGAGCAGCAGUAUCGCCGCACUGCUGGUGGCGUGCCUGCUGAGCGCAAACGGGGGGAACUUGGCCAAGGCGCAACCCGACUGGGCGUCGCGGCUGGUGCGGAGUUCUGCAUCGAAAGAAACACUCGCCCCUGCACAGCCCGACUGGGGUGCGCAAACAACCUCGCAGGGGCCCGGUUCUGCGUCGAAAGAAACUCUCGCCCCUGCAGAGCCCGACUGGGAUGCGCAAACAACCUCGCAGGGGCCCGGUUCUGCGUCGAAAGAAACAACCGCGCCGCAAACAACCUCGCAGAUGGUGCGGGGUUCUAAACGAACUCCCUCUGCGCGGCCCAACUGGGGGGCGCAGAUGGCGUCGAUCAUCCAGCAGGUGGCGAAUCAGACGUUCCUCUCCUCCUUUGGCCAGAUCUUCACCAGCUACUUCGAGUCCGGGCAGCUGUUCAUCGAUCAGGAUGCAACCAUCCUCAUCCCCACCAAUGUCGGCUACUGGCGCUACGAGACCCAGUGGGACACCCUCACCCGCAAGCAGAAGCGCCGGUUGCUCCGUUACCACAUUCUCAAGGGCCGUUACACCACGCAGCAGCUCCUGGACGCCGCUCCUCUCACGCUCUUCCCGACUUUCAACCAGAACCUGCCGGUAAACAAGACUCUUAAGCCGAACGAAGUGUAUUUCCAGUCGGUUCCGCCGACGAGGUUUGUGUCGCCGCUGAGCGUGCCGAAUGCUGGGCUGACGGAUAACAUUGCUGCGCAUGGCGUGACGAUGGUCCUCCAGCCGCCCAACCUCAACUAA